ACGAUUGGCAGGAGGACUCCUUGCGGCGGUUCCUAUAAAGGAAAAGGCGCAACUUCUGGAAAAAAAAGGGGCUGAAGCCUCCACUUCCGGAAAAAGAAUGGCACAGAGGGAGCUGCCUAAUCGGCGAUAGAGGAGUCCGGAUGAUGCAGGAAGGCAGGAAGCGGAGGAGAAGAGCGGGCCCCGCAGAGCAGCCGUGCCCUGUCCCGGCGCGGUUUCCCCGUGAGACGGCGGUGAAAGGCUGGGAGGCUCCGGGGCUGCAGGAGGGAUGAGCCCAGGGAGACCCCGGAAAAGUCGGCUGCUUGGAAGGCGAUGCGGGGAGGAGAAGGAAACGGGCGGAGACCCUGAGACGGGCUUGGAAGGCGGAGGUUCCUUCGGAAGAUCCCGGAAUCCCCAAAGGAUCAAGGAGGAAGGAAAGAACUAUCAGUGCCCGGAAUGUGAAAAAGCCUUCAAAAGAAAUAGAGAACUUAAAGACCAUCUGAGAAUCCACACAGGAGAGAGACCAUUUAAAUGCUUUGAGUGUGGAUACAGCUUCCGUCAAAGAGGACAUCUUUAUAGACAUGAAAGGAUCCAUUGCGGAGAGAAACUGAAUAAAUGCCUGGAGUGUGGAAAGAGAUUCCGUGAAAGGGGACAUCUUUAUAGACAUCAAAGGAUCCACUGGAGGGAGAAACCGAAUAUAUGCCUGGAUGGCAGAGUGUCCUUCGGAAUACCAGGGAAUCCCCAAAAGAUCCAGGAGGGAGAAAAGAAAUAUCAAUGCCUGAAGUGUGGAAAGAGUUUCAAAAGAAAGGAUGUUCUUAAAAAGCAUCUAAGUAUCCACUCAGAAGAAAAGAAAUACGAAUGCCCGAAAUGUGAAAAAUAUUUCAAAACAGUUGAGCAUGUUCUAAGGCAUCUAAGGAUCCACUCAGGAGAAAAGAAAUACAAAUGCCCAGAAUGUGAAAAAUCUUUCAAAACAAAUGACCAUCUUCAAAGGCAUCUAAUGAUCCACUCCGGAAAAAAACCUCAUAAAUGCCUGGAGUGCGGAAGGAGCUUCAGUCAGAGAAGCAGCCUUUAUAUACAUCAAAGAGUCCAUUUACAAGAAGAGUACAAAUGCGGGGAAUGUGAAAAAUCCUUUAAAACAAUUCAAAACUUUGAAAAACAUCUGAGAAUCCACAAGCCGAAUAUAUGCCUGGAGUGUGGAAAGAGCUUCAGUCAAAAGGGAAGUCUUGAUAUCCAUCAAAGAAUCCACACGGGAGAAAAACCUUACAAAUGCCUCAAGUGUGGAAAGAGCUUCACUAGUGGUUCACACCUCCGUCGACAUCAAAGAAUCCACACAGGAGAAAAACCAUAUAAAUGCCUCGAAUGUAGAAAGUGUUUUGGUACAAAAGCAAGUCUAUAUGGCCAUCAAAGAAUUCACACAGGAGAAAAACCACAUAAAUGUUUGCAGUGUGGAAAGAGCUUCAGUCAAAAGGGAAAUCUUGAUACCCAUCAAAGAAUCCACACAGGAGAAAAACCCUUCAAAUGUCUUGAGUGUGGAAAGAGCUUUGCUGAGCGUGGUAGCCUCCGUCAACACCAAAGAAUUCACACAGGAGAAAAACCACAUAAAUGUCUGCAUUGUAGAAAGAGCUUCAGUCGGAGAGGACACCUUAACAGACAUCAAAGAAUCCACUCAUGGGAGAAACCACAUAAAUGUCUGGAGUGUGGAAAGAGCUUCAGUCAGAGAGGAAAACUUUCACUGCAUCAAACAAUCCAUUCAGGAGAAAAGCCGCAUAAAUGUCUUGAAUGUGGAAAGAGCUAUACUCAGCGUAGAGGCCUCCAGCAACACCAAAUAAUUCAUAUGGGAGAAAAAUGAUAAACAUGCCUGGGUGUGAGAAGACCUUCAAUCCCAGAGUGUAUCUCAGGAAUUGAAUUGUAUUGCCUAUUUAAUUUGUCCAAGUGUGAAUAGGCACCCAAGGAAUUUGUCUUGCCUGCACAAGCUCUCAGUGUAUCUACAAAGCAACAGAAUAAUAAUAUUCAUGACAUAACUAUAAUAAUUCCAAUAUGAGGGUUGAGUAAAGAAGAUAAUAAGGGUAAAUCAUAGCUGCCAAAUCUCAGGCUGAAUAAUAAAGCACUUUUUCAAUUGUACAUGCUAAAUGUUUCAACUGGCUGAAAUUGUACCUUUUCACCAGAAACUCACGUGACUCAUGAUGCCAUUUCCCAUGUUAACGUUCUAUUUUUAAUGCAAUGCUCAUUUCAAUUAUGCUUAAUAUUAUGGGAUGUUACUGUCCAUGUCUCUUAGAUAACUGUAACUGAGCAGGAUGAUUUCUUCCAGGGUGGGUUUGAUUUAAAGCAGGUCGAUUUAAAUCAUGAUAUAAAUCACUAUUAAAAAGGCUUGAUUUAAAUCAACUCGAUUUAAAUCACAAUUUUUAAAGAGCGACUUAUGUCUGUCACGCAGAGACUCCUCCUCUGACCCGCUGUUGACUCAUUGACAGUCUCAUUCCUUUUAAUGGGAUGGUUGGUGAUGCGGCAGGGACACAACAAGAUGAGGGACGUGGUGGGUAGCAGAUGAGUGGAUGCCCACUAACAGAGGCUGCCAUGAUGGAUCUGAAAGGGCAGGUGCUUUUUAAUAUUUCAUUUAUAAGCUGCUUAGAAGGUUUCACUUCCAUUUUUACCGCUUGCCUUUUCCUCUCACACUUGGAGCCUGGUGGUACAAAUGUAUUUAUCGCCAAACAAUCAUAGUUGUAGUGUACAUAGAUUUGCAAAUCAGUGGGAUAAAGGAACAUUCCUGCACUUUGCUUUAAUUUAUAACUAAA